AGGGGUGGACUGUGCGCAUGCGCAACAGUUGCCAUGGCGCAGCCGGGUCCUGCGGAGCGUUUUUCAACUUAAAAGUCGACGUCUUUUCUCCUACCGCUGUCCAAGGACGUCACAAGUAAAGUACCUUUGUUCUCAUCUUCUUUCCAAGCAGAUUUAAGUGAGCAGCAUGUAGCUUGACGUCACGUUGGCUCCGAAAAUUAAAACAUCGCUGGAACUCGGCGUCUGUGUUGUUUUGACCGAUGUUCGGAGGCAAGAGUUGUGCAGCUAAAGGUUUCUAGAUGAACUGCAUCAGUGGGCAGAUAAGGCGCACAGCCCCAAUGCGUGCAGGUGGCAGCCGAAACGAGCUAGUUCCCACCAAGACCCCACGAGUGAACGGCUGGACACAGCCCCCUCAAUUCUUCCAAAUAACGGCCUGGCUGGUGUAUAACUAUCUAGUGAUCGUCAGCUUCGGCAUCUUCAUCCCUCUCCUUCCUCCGCCUUGGAACUAUGUGUUGUAUGCUCUGUCGGGUUUGGCCUUCGUGGUGCACUUGGUCAGCCAUGUUGCCGCAGUGACCAUAGAUCCAGCUGAUGUUAGCGUCAGGGAAAAAAAGUGUUAUGCUGGUCCCAUGCCACUUUUUGACCGCACAGUGCAGCGUCACGUAAUCCAGGACCUACACUGCUACCUCUGUGAUGUCAGGGUUGGCCCCAAAGUCAAACACUGCAGCGUUUGCAACAAAUGUGUGUCGGAUUUUGAUCACCAUUGCAAAUGGCUGAAUAACUGUGUGGGAGGCAGAAACUACAGGUGCUUCUUCAUAGCCGUGUCCUCGGCAACAGUCGGCGCAGCUUUGCUCCUGGUUGUCAUCUUGUUUAUAUUCAUCCAACACUACAUAGAUCCAAACAUCCUACGGACUGCGCCACAAUUCCACGGUGUGCUGGCAAAUGAGACCUGGCUGGUGUUUUUACCGUCAGCCCCCGUAAAGACAAGUUCAGCCGGUCUUCUUAUAGUGGCCUUCAUAACGGCCAUGCUAAACCUAACGUGCCUACUAUUACUUGGUCAUCUUCUCUGUUUUCAUUUCUACCUCUUUUUUAAAGGCCUAAGCACAUAUGAAUACAUAAAGCUGCAGCGCCAAAAAGAAGCCAGAAGCCGGGAAGUCGUAGAGGGAACUGCACAUAAUGCACACGUAAACCACAAUGUCCCACAGAAUCUACGGAGCUCCAUGGACUGUGAGCCAGCCUUAACUCAUGGUGCAAGUACCUGCAGGUCUGGUGAUGAUAAAGGACCACUUAGCGGCCGACUGUCUGAGCCCAUCUGCAAAGAGGUGGAUAACUUUAAGAAAACACCAGAAAAGGAAACUAGUUUUCAUUGUGAAACAAAGAAUUCUGCAUCGAAAGCAAGAGAUCGAGCGCUGAGCACAAUCAGAAGCUGGAAGCCCGACGCCGGAAAAGACGUUCAGAGUGACAGCGUGAAGUCUGUGGACAGCAUUCCGCAGGUGCAAGACCCUCUCGGAAGCUCAGUGAUGGCUCGAGAUAAUACGUAGCAGUCAGCGGCCGCAGCACCGGGAUUGGGUCUUGUUCUCAGAGACUAUAGUGAUUUACUUUGCUCAGUAACAGAAGUGAAGCCAUUUUUUCCCACAUUCUUAUCAACUUUUUAUGCUGAAUGACUUCAACCAUUCAGUCGUUUGAAUGUCAUCUUCUGUCCCACUAAUCUUAGCCAAAUUCUGUAGAUGCUUUUUGGCAUCGCUUUUAUCUAUUUUCCAAACAAAAAUGUGUUCCAAGUAGUAAGUACAGACUAGUAACACUUAAAUCAUGUAAUUGUAUCUGUGCAACAACAAGUUUGUACGGUAAAAUAGAUUCAUCCUCUUGAGCAAAUUCCACUGUCAGUUAUCUUUGCUGAUGAAUUGUAAGACGGUCCUUUCAUUUCAGAGUAAAUAAUAACACUUGUUUUCUCUGCAUGACUUUUUCUGCUUGAACCUACGUGACCUAACUUUAAAAGGACGUAUAGAUGGAAGAAUGUAUUUUGUGGACCAAACACAAGCGUGCACUUUUUUUAUGCACCAUUGCAAACUAAUUUCAGUAGCAAUGCACCCUUGCAGGAAAAAAAGGUUUGAUAUCUUUCUGCCUGCUUUGAUGGGGGAAGAAAAGCGCCAUCUAGUGGGCAAAUAUACCAUUUAUACAAUGACAUCCAAUAGCCCAAAACGACAAGCUUGACCCACAACUUUUUUGUCCUUUCAGAAUUAUUUUGCUGUAUUUUGGACAUAAUUGGUGUUGCGUUACUCCAUUAUGCAAGAUUUUUCCCAAAACUUUUUUUUAAUAUUAUAUUUAUUACAUUGCAUUGUCCAUUUUUUUUUACAGGUGUACAAUACAGUGGCAGUUCAACAUUAUUACAGGGCCAAACUGGACUAAAGUAAUAAAAUAUGGUUUUAAGUUUUUACUUUGCUCAGAAUUCUUCAGUCAACUUCAGCCUUAAAGGGGGUCCUAUUAUGAUUUGUUUUGUCUACAUUUCAAACACUUCCUUGUAGUCUACAUAACAAGCAAUGGUGGUUCUUUGGUCACUAUUUUGCAUAGAUUUUGCUUUACAGACCAAACUCAAACUGCUUUCUGACUGUCUUUUCAGGAUGGGUGGAUUUAUUUAUGUGCCUCCACUUCCCAGAGACAUGCACCUGGUAAUAGGUUGAUUGGCAACACUAAAUUGGCUCUAGUGUGUGAAUGCUAGUGUGAAUGUUGUCUGUUUAUCUGUGUUGGCCCUGCGAUGAGGUGGCGACUUGUCCGGGGUGUACGCCGCCUUCUGCCCGAUUGUAGCUGAGAUAGGCGCCAGCGCCCCUCGCAACCGCAAAAGGGAAUAAGCGGUAGAAAAUGGAUGGAUGGCACCCGCUCGACAUCCAUUGCUUUCGGUCCCCUAGAGGGGGGGGUUGCCCACAUCUUAGGUCCUCUCCAAGGUUUCUCAUAGUCAGCAUUGUCACUGGCGUCCCACUGGAUGUGAAUUCUCCCUGCCCACUCGGUGUGAGUUUUCUUUGCCCUUUUGUGGGUUCUUCCGAGGAUGUUGUAGUCGUAAUGAUUUGUGCAGUCCUUUGAGACAUUUGUGAUUUGGGGCUAUAUAAAUAAACAUUGAUUGAUUGAUUGACUUCGACUGUCUUAUCCCCGUCAGCCAUGAUGUACAAACUUCUUUUCCUUUGAGUUGGGAAAUUGUGUUGGAUGUAAAUAUAAACAAAAUACAAUGAUUUGCAAAUCCUUUUCAACCCAUAUUCAAUUGAAUGCUCUACAAAGAGAAGAUAUUUGAUGUUCAAACUCAUAAACUUUUAUUUUUUUUGCAAAUAAUAAUCAACUUAAAAUUUCAUGGCUGCAACACGUGCCAAAGUAGUUGGGAAAGGGCAUGUUCACCACUGUGUUACAUCACCUUUUCUUUUGACAACACUCAAUAAACGUUUGUGAACUAAAGAAACUAAUUGUUGAAGCUUUGAAAGAGGAAUUCUUUCCCAUUCUUGUUUUAUGUAGAGCUUCAGUCGUUCAACAGUUCGGGGUCUCCGCUGUUGUAUUUUACGCUUGAUAAUGUGCCACACAUUUUCGAUGGGAGACAGAUCUGGACUGCAGGCGGGCCAGGAAAGUACCCACACUCUUUUAACGAAGCCACGCUGUUGUAACACUUGUCUUGCUGAAAUAAGCAGGAGCGUCUAUGAUAAUGUUGCUUGGAUGACAACAUAUGUUGCUCCAAAACCUGUAUGGACCUCUCAGCAUUAUUGGUGCCUUCACAGAUGUCUAAGUUACCAAUGCCUUGGGCACUAAUACACCCCCAUACCAUCACAGAUGCUGGCUUUUGAACUUUGCGCCUAUAACAAUCCGAAUGGUUGUUUUCCUCUUUGUUCUGGAGGACACCACGUCCUCUGUUUCCAGAUAUUUGAAAUGUGGACUCGUCAGACCACAGAACACCUUUCCACUUUGCAUCAGUCCAUCGUAGGUGAGCUCGGGCCCAGCCAAGUCGGCGGCGUUUCAGGAUAUUGUUGAUAAAUGGGUUUUGCUUUGCAUAGCAGAGUAUUAACUUGCACUUACAGAUGUAGCAAACAACUGUAGUUACUGACAGUGGUUUUAUGAAGUGUUCCUGAGCCCAUGUGGUGAUAUCCUUUACACACUGAGGUCGGUUUUUGAUGCAGUACCACCUGAGGGGUCAAAGGUCCGUAAUAUCAUCGCUUACGUGCAGUGAUUUUUCCAGAUUCUCUGAACUUUCUGAUGAUUUUACGGACCGUAGAUGGUAAAAUCCCUAAAUUCCUUGCAAUCGCUCGUUGAGAAAUGUUGUAAAACUGUUCGACAAUUUGCUUAAAAAUUGGUGACCCUUGCCCCAUCCUUGUUUGUGAAUUACUUAGCAUUACAUGGAAAAUGAUUGUAUACCCAAUCAUGGCCCCCACCUGUUCCCAAUUGGCCUGCACACCUGUGGGAUGUUCCAAAUAAGUGUUUGAUGAGUAUUUCUCAACUAUAUCAUUAUUUAUUGCCACCUUUCCCAACUUCUUUGUCAUGUGUUGCUGGCAUCAAAUUCUAAAGUUAAUGAUUAUUUGCACACAAAAAAAUGUUUAUCAGUUAAACAUCAAAUAUGUUGUCUUUGUAGCAUAUUCAACUGAAUAUGGGUUGAAAAUGAUUUGCAAAUCAUAGUAUUCCAUUUAUAUUUACAUCUAACUCAAUUUCCCAACUCUACUAAUCGUGUGAUUUUGAGCCAAAACCUCCUUCCAUCAGUGAGAGCUUUGAAUGGUUGACCAAAUACUUAUUUUCCACAAUGAUUUACAAAUAAAUUAUUUAAAAUUCCUACAAUGUAAA